AUGGGGCUACUAGAAGCCACUAAAGUCCUUGGCACUGUCAAAUGGUUCAACGUCAGAAAUGGAUAUGGCUUUAUCAACAGAAAUGACACAAAAGAAGAUGUGUUUGUUCAUCAGACAGCGAUUAAGAAGAACAAUCCACGGAAAUACCUGCGCAGUGUUGGUGAUGGAGAGACAGUAGAAUUUGAUGUGGUCGAGGGAGAGAAGGGUGCAGAAGCAGCCAAUGUCACUGGCCCAGAUGGUGUCCCUGUGGAAGGCAGUCGUUAUGCUGCAGAUAGGCGGCGUUACCGACGUGGUUAUUAUGGCAGGCGCCGUGGACUGCCUCGUAAUGGUGGUGAUGGGGAGAUCAAGGAUGUGGUCCCAGAAGGAGCACAACUUCAUCAGCAAGUCCAUCGGAAUCCCUCUUAUCGUGCACGCUAUCGCAGGGGUCCCCCACGUCCACGUCCUGCACCAGUGGUUGGAGAGGCUGAAAACAAGGAGAAUCAACAAGAGGCUACUGCUGUGAGCCAGCAGCCAGCUCGCCGUGGUUACCGACGCCCAUAUAACUAUCGGCGCCGACCCCGCCCACCUAAUGCUCCUUCUCAAGAUGGCAAAGAGACCAAGUUGGCCGAAACAUCUGCUGAGGACCCUGCUCCAGUGACUGAGCAGAGCAGUGCUGAAUGAUGUCCAGCCCCAAAGGCACCUUUAACACCCAUUAGGUGUCCUAAAGUGUAAUUAUAAAAUUAACACCAAAGAAAGAUCCAAGCAAUAAAAUGAAAACAAGUGACAAAAACAAGGAAGAUCUGAAACAUCGGAACUUAAGAGAAAUUAGAAAAAAAAAUCAUACCAGCAACCGAGAUCCAGGGAACGCCUGCAACAGAUGCAUAGAAAAAGAGUGAGAGUCACAGCGACUUCCCCAGCUUCCAUGGCAACUGUGGGGUUUUUUAAAAUUUUACCAAUUCUUAAUUGUAUUUUUCCUCCUCCAGUUUUUCUUCUGGUACCAAACUAAGAAAAGAGGAGGGGGGAACCCAACCAAAGAAGUGAAAUUUUAAGUCAAAAGCUUUUCUACUGGAUGCUGGUGCUAAAACCUCCCAUGUGUGAUAAGGGAUUUUUUUGGGUUUUUUGUGCCAGUCCUGCUUAAUUUCAGGAUAUGUGGAGGAGAAAUUUCUGCUUUCCUUUGUAAGAUCUAUAUGAAAAUGUGCAGUGUGGGUGAUGUUCCUCACAAAUAAAAGUGAUGUAACUUCCAAAAAAGAAAACAAUGAAAGUUAGAAGUCUCUUCCAUUAUUACGUUUAAAACGGCCUGAGCUACUAUACUGUUAUGAGUUCACUUGAUUUAUUUGUUGACAGUGCUCAGUUUGCUAGACAAUCUAUAAAAAAGUUCAGAAAC